AUGCACAACCCAAAUGAUCCCAAUCAACAGCUACCAAACUACUAUGCUCAACCAGGAGUUCAAGGAUACUAGCAAUACUAGCCAUACUAACAACCUAUGAAUACUAAUCUUAACCUAAAUAUGCAGCAUUAUCCUCAACAAUAACCAUUAAUGAGCCAUCAUAUCGAUGUUCAUCAUCAACCAGUGUAUCAUCACAGAAAGAGUAGUUCAUCAUCACAUGGUCACCAUCAUCACGGUCAUCAUGGACAUUAUGGGCAUUAUGGGCAUCAUCGUAUCUAUACGCCAGAAGAACUUAGACAUUAAAGAAAAAUGGCAUUAAUAGUUUUCAGUGUUUUCUUUUUGAUUGCGGGAGGUAUGUUCUUAGCAUUUUUCCUCUCAAUGCCAAAAAUGAAUUGA